AUGUCCGCCUUUAUGCCCACUGUUUAUUCUACCUCAUCAGAUCAACAUGAUUCAAAUAGUGAAAUGAUUGAUUUACAAACAUCUUGUUCAUCGUUAACAGAACAAAAUUUACAAUUAGUUGCCGAAAUAAAUUUAUCUAAAAUAGAAUUAAAACGUUUUGUUGAUGAUCUAAAAUCAUCAUCAUCUUUUGAUGAUAAAAUUCUUCUUCCAUCUGAUCCACCCUAUCUGAUAUUUAUUAUUUGGUUCAACGUCGUGAUAAAAAUGAAAAAGAACAGACGUCUAUCAUAG